UUGGACUUACUGGUUCUCAUCGCAGGUUCUGCCAACUUCGUGCGACUCGUUCUAAGCAACGUUUUGUUGCAUAAUAUAGUUAAUAAAUCGAACGUUGUUCUUGUGAAUCCGGGAAAAUGAUUAAAAACACCAACAUCCCGAGCUUUAUCAAGGCAGCCAGCCAGGUGGUGAGCAAUCAACUGAAAGUAGCGCCUGCAGUCGUCCUUCCCAAGAAGGAAAAAACCGACGUUAAGGGGGUUUUGCUAACCAGCUACAGCCUCAAUCAAUGCUUACCAGUCAACAAAAUGAGCGUGGUCGCUGGACCCGCAGUCAGCACCCAGGUGAGAUGCGCACACACUGAUAUCCACGUUCCGGACUGGAGCAACUACCGUCGUGAUGCUGUCAAAAGCCCCACUGCAAAGAGUGCAGAAUCUGAUGAGAGCCGCAAGAACUUCACCUACUUGCUGGCGGGUGCUGGUGCUGUUGGUGGUGCAUAUGCAGCCAAAGCAAUGGUUACUCAAUUCAUCACAAGCAUGAGUGCUACUGCUGAUGUAUUGGCUUUGGCAAAGAUUGAAAUCAAACUGGGAGAUAUUCCUGAGGGCAAGAGUGUUACCUUCAAAUGGAGAGGUAAACCAUUGUUCAUCAGGCAUCGCACUGGUUCCGAAAUCGCCGCUGAACAGGCUGUGCCAGUAGGCAGCUUGAGAGAUCCUCAACAUGACCAUGAGAGAGUCACCAAACCAGAGUGGUUGGUUGUUUUGGGUGUCUGCACUCACUUGGGCUGUGUGCCAAUUGCCAAUGCUGGUGAUUUUGGUGGAUACUACUGUCCUUGCCAUGGUUCCCAUUAUGACGCUUCUGGCCGCAUCCGCAAGGGACCCGCUCCACUUAAUCUGGAAGUUCCAGUGCAUGUAUUCCCAGAUGAGAGCACCCUGGUUGUUGGUUAAAUCAAUUUUAAUAGUGAAAUAAAUAAUGUAUGUACAGGUAAUUUUUAAAUUAUUCAUCAAACAACUGAAAGAAGUUACAAACGUGAGAACGAGUUAAGUCAUAUUUAGAACAACUGGAAAACAUACAAAUGUGCAUGUUAUAAUUUGAUCUGUACAUUUGAUUGUUUAAUUGACAUCAAGAUACCAUGUUGAAUAAUUUGCUUCAAUAAAUUUUUAGCAAAUUAAA